CUAAAUGCCGUCGGCAGGUAUCAGGCAGAAGAUUUCGCUCAUCUGAGCGUAUCAGAGGAGAUCAAGGAUCUUUUUGGAUAUAUCAGUCGGUACCAUCCUCACACUGUCGAGCUGGAGACGCCACUGAAGCCGUUCAUACCCGAACUCAUCCCAGCCGUUGGGGAG